CUAGAUAGCGAUGAUAAUAUCGUAAAAAUACUAUGUAAUUGGAUCCAGUUUUCGGAUCUUCAAAAAGAUGAUGUUAUUUUAUCGGGUAUAAUUGACACGAGGAAAAUGCCAUGUUCAUUAAAAGUGCAUUUAGAAUUGAGAGGCGUUUGGCACCUUGUUAACGAAGAAAUUAUAGUACAUGAUAUUCCUACAGAAUUUGAAAGGCAUAUAGAACGUGUGGUUCUUUAUGACGACGAUCGAAUCCCUGACAAAUACUAUAAUUCGAUUAAUGGCAAAUUCAUGAGAGAGGAAUAUCGUUCUCUGAAUAGUUUAAUUGAUAAGAUCAAAAGAUUGUGGGAAAACCCGACCUACAGAAAGGGUGAUCUUAUCAUCGAAAGUACGUGGAAUCACGACGUUGUAGGACCAAUCACCGAUUACUUAUUACAUAAUAUCAAGAUAUGCCAGAAUUGGGAUAAUGGUCGUAUCGAGUCAACCUAUACCAUGCGAUGCAAAUCGAAAAAAGGAGACUUUCAAGGUUAUAUACAAAGUGUAGCUAACAGAUCACAUAAUUAUGAAAUAGUAUUUGGAGAAACAUCAUACGGUCCCAAUCAUCCAAACAACUUAGAUCAUAUAUAUAUGGAGAUCAAAAUUCGGAGCAUGCAAAACCUUCAUAUACCUUUAGAAGCUGGACCGAAUUCAUUGGAAUUUAUUAAAAAAAUAGCCAAAACAUUAUAUAAUUAUCAUUUGUUAGUUAAAGAGACAGUUAAACACAUUGAUAAAAUCGACGUUGAAUUAGCAACGCGUUUAGGAUCUGUCACACCACCUAAUCAGAUUCGAACUCGAACUGCCAUACCAAUUUUUGAAACUCCAUAG